UGUUGUGCCCAUCCAUUGUUAGCGAAGUGCGACGUUUUCAACGAUAAUGGGAUCCUUCUUCUCCUCCAAUGCCUACGCGGCCACCGCCUCCGGCGCCGACGACUCCCUUGUCCUCGCCCUUCACUCCAAAGCUAGCUGGGAUGCCCAGUGGCAAGCCCACAAAGACUCCAACAAGCUGAUGGUGAUCGAUUUCUCUGCAUCUUGGUGUGGGCCUUGCCGCUUCAUCGAGCCGGCUUUCAAGUCAAUGGCGUCGAAAUUCACCGACGUGGUUUUCGUCAAGAUCGAUGUUGAUGAACUCCAAGAUGUGUCGCAGCAGUGGCAUGUGGAGGCGAUGCCGACGUUCGUGUUUGUGAAGGGUGGGAAGGAGGUGAGCCGCGUUGUUGGUGCCAAAAAGGACGAGCUUGAUCGCAAGAUCGGUACUUUCCGUGCCUGAUGUUUCUCAGUAUGCUCAUAAACUGUUUGAUUAUGUGCUUGUCUUUCAGCUUGAAACCAUUGCUCGUAUUAACUGUGUUAUGUUGAAAUUGAUGAAAUUGCUUUGAGUUUAAGCAAUUGCGUGGAUAUGUUUAUUGACAUCAUGGGAUAGGUGAUAUAAUUAAUGGAUUUUAGUGCUUGAAAUUGUUGGAAUUUGAGCAGAGGUCUGAGGUUUGGUAUUGCUGAAAA